UCUUACCUUCUCAACUGUUCAUCCCUCCUGCCUUCCUCUGAGCCGAAGACCUUGCUUGGUCAAGGUCUAGCACCUUCUGCAUUGCAUUCCCGAUUUGCUUCUCCUCGGAGCUCGUAGACAGAGAUUUUUGUUUGCCACUACUUUUCUUGAAAGCCUGCCUUUCCUGUAGAAAGUAGUUAAAGAAACCAUGGAAAAGAGAAGGUGAAGGGCAGGGAGAAGAGGAAGGGCUGAAGUGAUCUUAUAAUAGUGAAAGUUUCUUAAAAAAGACAGACAGACAGACAGUGGUUUUCUCCAGAAGUAGGUAGAGCAGGGACAUGAGAUCAUGUUCCUGCCUGGAUAUCACCCAACAGAGCAGGGGAUGUAAUUUAACCUGACGUAGCUUUGUGGGUCUCCCGUGAGCCUUCUGAAUGCAGUUUUAAGAACAUAGUAGCAGUGAGACGUUAAUCAGGGAGAGCUGUCCCUUCCCAUGACUGUGGCGUCUUUCUUUUUUUCUGUUUUUUUAACUUCUGGACCAUGCCAGUCUCGCUCGGUAGGGCUUGGACCUCAUCCUUUUAAGUGUUGCCAUUUCUCUGGUUUUCAUUUCUUGAUGACGUCCAGUUCCUGUAAUUUGAAUAUCAUGAGCUAUUUAUGUUGUUAUGUUAAAUUGCCAUUUAAUUAAUAUGCCUUGCUAGUUCUGCUUUGGGUAUGUCCUGUUCCUAGUGGGUUAGGGAAGAGCACUGCAAUGAAAAUACACCUUCAGCAUUAUAAGAAAAGCCUCAUGACAAACAGGGAGGGGUAAGAAAUCCUGACUCUCUAGGGAGGCGUGGAGAACAAUGAUGGAUAAUUGUGGCACCUAAAAAAACAGAGCUAUAUAACUCAGGCUAUCAAGCUCCUAAUAGCCAAGAACUGGGCACAGGGGGCUCUGAGGUCCUCUGAAUCCAUGAGUGCUCUUGGCCAUGGAGGAUAUCUCAUGUAUACAAAGAGCAUCAAUGGAGGCAUCAUUGGACAGGCUGUAAGAGCAACUAGAAAAAGGUAUUGCAAGCUGGACUCCUUUCCUAGGACAUGUAGGAACCUAGCAGAGGCAAAUAAAAGGAAAAAUUAGACAUGUCUCCCUCACACAGGUAAAGCCACUAAGCGCUGCUGACCUCACCACGAUUGAGUAUUAGCAAGGGUGCCAGCGCUCAGUGAUACUGACAAGGAACACAAGCAUUAAUGGUCUUAUUUAUGAACUGUACAGCAUGGGUCGGUGCCUUGGCCAUGGGGAUGAUUUUUUUCUGCUCCCCUGUCGUGAGCAUCUUCACAGACCGGAUCGGCUGCAGGACAACAGCAGCCUCAGGAGCUGCCAUUGCUUUCAUCGGACUGCUCUCCAGUUCGUUCACCAAGUCUCUUGAAGUUCGUUAUUUCACAUACGGGAUCCUCUUCGGCUGUGGCAGUUCCUUCGCCUUCCAGCCCUCGUUGGUUAUCCUGGGUCACUACUUCAAACGCCGCCUUGGCUUGGCAAAUGGCAUCGUGGCCGGUGGCAGCUGCCUCUUCUCCGUUUCCCUCCCCUUCUUUUUGAAGACAGUCGGCAAGGCCAUCGGGCUGGCGCAUACUUUCCAAGUACUCAGUGCCUUUAUGUUCAUCCAGAUAUUCUUGUCCCUGACGUAUCGGCCCAUCUUGCCAGCUUCUUGUGACUCUCAGCAUGAUGGGCGAGAUAAGAUGGUCAGCCGGAGCAUGCAGCAGCAGUGCUGGUCUCAGCUGCGCAAGUAUUUCAACCUGAGGGUUUUCCGGAGAAAGACCUAUCGGAUUUGGGCCUUUGGGAUCGCUACUGCUGUCCUGGGAUACCUUGUACCUUACAUGCACCUGAUAAAAUAUGUGGAGAAGGAAUUUAAUGAAAAAAAAAAGGAUUGGAUUCUCUUGGUUUGCAUUGGAGCCACCUCAGGGCUCGGACGCUUGGUUUCAGGUCGGAUUGGUGACUGCAUUCCUGGACUAAAGAAGAUUUAUUUGCAGGUUGCGUCCUUUACACUGUUGGGCCUCAUGUGCAUGAUGAUCCCCCAGUGCCGAGGGUUUGAGGGCGUCAUUGUCAUCUGCCUCUUCCUCGGCCUUUGCGAUGGAUUCUUCACUACCAUCAUGGCCCCCAUAGCCUUCGAGCUGGUGGGGCCCAUGCAGGCAUCCCAGGCCAUAGGGUACCUCAUGGGCCUGAUGGCCGUGCCCAUGACUGCUGGUCCGCCGAUAGCAGGAUACCUCAAUGAUUAUUUUGGGAAUUACCACGUUGCCUUUUAUUUUGCUGGAGUUCCCCCCAUUAUCGGAGGCUUGGUGCUAUCUGUCGUCCCUCUGGUCCAUCAAAGGAUGCUCAAGAAGCAGCGGCUGGAUUCUGGCAAAGACAAGAUGUUGGUUUCAGAGACGGUCAUGAACGGAGAGCUUCUUCCAGGUUGUCCUGCCUCAGAAGCACAGAUAUAAAGCCUUUCCCUGGGCCUCCACUCUGACACACGCACACCUAGACACACACUGUUGCCACCAGCAUCUUCUUGAUAGCCUAAGCACAGGCCCUUUUCUAAACGGACUCUAAUUCUCAAUGAUUGCAGAUGCACUAUGUUUGUAAAGAAAAAAAAAGUUCUUCUAGUUAAAUGCUUUUAACUAGCAGAAAUGCUUUUUUCGGGACAGUUUUGAUUUCAAAGCCUCCUUUUUUUUUUUCCUCUAACCAUUUUUCUAAGGAGAACUCUCACCAGGAUUCAAAUUUGAUCAAUCUCCUCGUCCUUCUCCCAGUUUUCUAUAUGUCACAACAAAGGUUUACAGCUAAUAAAUUUAUCUUUUUAAAGCAGGCCACAAGUGGAGCUCAUUGAACCUUUCAGAUGUCCAAACCAUCCCCUUUGGUGUCACUUGCCUCGGUCACAGUCAAGUGAGCUAGUCCGUCCCCAGCGCAGCUGGAGAGGUUAUUUUGGAGGCGGCAGCUUUCAAGGAGGAAACGCCGCUUUAGUCCGAGGCAAAACCGAAUAAAUUAUCAGCAGGUCACACUGUAAUCUUUUUAUCUUCUCCUUUUCCGCUGUCCUCCCACGCACGCCGGCAUGCACCAAGAAAGGCACCGCAGCUGUCGGCGCGCUCUUAAGGACGAGCGGGAGCUCGGCUGGGUUAGAGACUCCACCGCAGCGCGGUUCUUCUGGAGCGAGAUCUCGAUAAAAUAGCGCGGUAGAGGCGUGGGCACAGCACAGAGCGAAGGCCGAGCUCGGCGUCGCGCGGACGAGGGCCGUCGCCGGGCAGCGGGGACAAGGACGCCGCCGUCCUCCUGCAAGCUUCCCGAAGGGCGCGCGUCUCCUGAGAGCGAAACGAUCGCUAGCUUGUCGUUUUCGUGCCUCUUUUUUUUUUUAAAUUCACCUGCCAUUACGAACUGAAAGAGCGAAGAGGAACGCGUGCUGUGGGAAUCAUCCCUCGUUUUCUGUGUUUCUAACACCAAGGCAAAACUUUGUUCCAGAAACCGGACUUCGGUUCAGGCCCCCAACUCCUGCAGCCGUUGGCAGGAGGUUUGUAUAUAGGCUACGGAUCCUGCAUGCCCCUCCGGCCCUUUUUUAUCUGCAUUUGAUAAGGCGUAAUAAGGUCUUGUGGUCUGAGCUUUUGUUGCCUUCUGUCCCUGUAACAGCUGGAGAAUUAACUGGUGUAUCGUGACGUGUCUGGUUUAUGACUAUAAAAUGAGAUGUCCGUUUGUCCUGCC